AUGUUGCGUCGCUGUGGUCCUCGUCGCUUCGGCGGCCACCAGCAGCACAGCGGGCGGGAGCAGCAGCGCAUCACCCGCGAGCGGCAGCGGCGCAUUUUGUACGACGCCGCCGGCAACGUGCGGCUCUCGGGGCUUUUCUUCCUCGCGUGGGAGGAGUUCCGGCGCCCGCUGCUCGCCGUCGGCGGCGGUCUCUUUCUCUUCGUCGCGUACAACCGCCUCGUCGUGUGGCUCUCGCAGCGGGAGGCGGCGGCGGAGCGGCUGCUCGACGCGGAAAGUGAGGCGGCCGCGCGGGAGUCCGGGCGGCUGCGGGGGGAGCGAUUUCUCGUCAAGCCGCGGCGGCAGAUGGAGGACCCGGACUUCCUCAACGUCCCCUCAUACGCAGGGAAGGGCGUCUACUCCAGCAAGCUCUUCACAGACGAUACCGCAAGCUCAGAUCCACUCUUUGCAGAAAAGCGGAGAAACUGA